UACGUAAUCCGACUGCCAUCUCUCUUGACCAUUUCUCCGGCAGGUAGGCCCAAUGGAGAGAUUGAAAAAGUGCGGUCAUAUGGCGCAUGCAAUGACGCUCAUCUCCCAUGGCCACACCCAAAAUUUCACAUGGAAACCUCUCCCAUAAACACUACUACUACUACUACUACUACUACGAUUUCAGUUGUGUCAGUUUGCAGCCAUUAAUUGGUGGAAUAUUGAUCGUAGAAUCUGGAAGCCAAUAGGAGGAAACUUCUUCGAAUAACUUCUUGUGGCUGUGGUUGAAAUCCGCAUAAAACGUAUUGUUGAUUAUCUUGUAUUUUAGGGAGGAGAAGAACUUCGAUUUCUUUCCGUUUUGUUCAAAAAUGGCGGACGAAAAUCGGGAGAGGUUAUUGAAGGAAGAGGAUUAUUACUACUACGAGAAUUGUCCUGGAUGCAAGAUGGAACAAUACAAUCAAGUGCACCGUGGUUUUCCUUUCCGCCAACUUCUUAUGAUUUCGUUUAUUGUUCUAAUUACUGCAUUGCCGAUAUCAUCAUUUUUCCCGUUUCUGUACUUCAUGGUUCGGGAUUUUAAUAUUGCAGAAAAUGUAGAAGAUAUCGGAUUCUAUGCUGGUUUUAUCGGAGCUUCUUUCAUGAUUGGCAGAGCAUUAACAUCUGUUUUCUGGGGAAUAGUGGCUGAUCGCUAUGGUCGAAAACCUGUUAUUCUUUUUGGAAUUUUUAUAGUGUUUACAUUCAACACCCUAUUUGGCCUUAGUUUAAAUUACUGGAUGGCUAUUAUCACCAGGUUUCUUCUUGGAAGUUUGAAUGGCAUACUUGGACCAAUAAAGGCAUAUGCAAGUGAAAGUGUUAAUGAAGAAUAUCAAGCCAUCGCUAUGUCGUCUAUUAGUACAACAUGGGGAAUCGCAUUGAUAGUAGGCCCAGCUAUAGGAGGGUUUCUUGCUCAGCCAGUAGAGAAAUUUCCUGGCAUUUUCUCCAGUGAGGGUUUGUUUGGGAGAUUUCCUUACUUCCUGCCCUGUCUUUUUACAUCACUCCUUGCACUAAUUACAGGAAUAAUCUCUCUUUGGCUUCCGGAAUCACUGCAUAUGCACGAUAAAAAUGUUCCAUCACAUUCUAUAUCAUAUGAAGCCUUGGAAGAUCAACCCGGUGAUUGUAAUGGAAAUGAACCAACACUAACAACCGAAAGUAAAGAACUGCCUUCUAAGCCAAGUCUCUUCAGGAAUUGGGAGUUAAUGUCAGCAAUCAUUGUUUAUUGUGUAUUCUCACUUCAUGAUAUGGCUUACGUGGAGAUAUUUUCACUCUGGACUGUCAGUUCUCGUACGCUUGGUGGCCUGAGCUUUACAUCUGGAGAUGUUGGAGAAGUACUCGCCAUCACAGGUUUCAGCCUCCUUGUGUUUCAAUCUGCUUUUUACCCAUAUGUGGAAAGGAUAUUUGGACCCAUAAUGGUAUCUCGUGUUUGUGGAAUAUUGUCAAUCCCCCUGCUGGCAAUGUAUUCCUUUUUAUCCGUGUUUUCAGGAGCUGUCCUUCACAUUGUCGUAACUCUUGCAUCAGUCUUGAAGAAUCUUCUCUCUGUCUCCAUUAUAACUGGAUUGUUCAUCAUACAAAACAGAGCCGUGGAUCAACAUCAAAGGGGGGCUGCUAAUGGCAUUGCUAUGACGGGAAUGUCUAUUUUCAAGGCAAUUGGUCCAGCUGCAGGUGGUGCAUUACUCUCUUGGUCACAGAAGCGUUUAGACGCUGCUUUUCUCCCAGGUACUUUUCUUUUUGCCUAUUCUUUCACCCGCAUCCUAGUUCGUUUUAUAUAUAUAUAUAUAUAUAUAUAUAUAUAUAUAUAUAUAUAUGUUAUCUGGUAUGCCAUUAACAGUUAUAAAUAGAGGUUCGAGUUUUCUCAAGAGAUGUAGUCCAUGUGGAGGAUUUAUUGAUUCAAAUUUUAGCUUUUGGCCCACUAAAUUGUUGUGUUUGAUUAAUGGUUCCAUCACCAAAAAAUUGCUUUUAGUACCACUAAAUUAAGGUUCGACUCCUCCUACCUAUGUCAAACUUAAAAGCACUUAUUAUUUUCACACAAGUAUUGGAAGAUUGAUUCAAGAUUCGACAUAUUUUUACCUUUUAAGAAAAGAUGAUAAAAUUUAGUAGCUAAAAUUGGUAAUCUCUUCUUCCAGGUCCCCACAUGUUUUUCUUCAUCCUAAAUGUGAUAGAAGUGAUUGCAGUGGUGAUGACAUUCAAACCGUUUCUUGUUCCACGUCAAAACUAGACCAAAGUUACCACGAUGUCAAUCCGAACAAAUAGCUGCACAAAAAUCUCAUCUUCUAACUUUUGUCGAUUCUUCAUCAACAAUUCAUAGAAUCAAUUAAGGACCUACAAACUCUUCGUACCUUCCUAAUCGAACCGAGCAUCAUAUCAAUUUCUUUUGAGCUUUUGGAGCUCAUAUGAUCAAGGUAUACAUUACUUAUUGAGUUACUACGAUGUACAAGUUGAUUUUAGUUAUAUGUAACCUCAAUACCUAUUGUUGUAUACUUCACUUAUUAAUUACCAUAUUAUUAUUAUUUUUAUUAGUUGA